GCAGGCGCGUGCGGCACCCGGGGCUACCGGCUCUGGCGGCCAUGGAGCGGAAAGUGCUGGCGCUGCAGGCCCGAAAGAAGCGGACCAAGGCCAAGAAAGACAAGGCCCAGAGGAAGAAUUUCACAAGUCUUUAUAUGCGGUGAACUUUUGGAUGCCAAUGCAAAAAUGAAAAGAUCUCGAGUAAAUACUAAACAAUGGCUUCCAACAGAUUGCAGUCAGUGCUGCUCGUGGAUCCCUUUCUAGUGAAAGCUUUGCUGCGUUCCAGACGAACCCGACCCUCCACGGAUGUCCCCCCUGCUUUCUGAACGCUGUGGCGUCUGAUUUUUAAUGGCUCUUUCGAAAACUAUUGGGCUGUCUUUGGGAAUAUCUUUAUCAAUGGGAGGCCGUGCUUCAUGCAGACCCGACACUCAGCAUCGGGGACCUGCUGCUCAUUCGGAGAAUGAUCUUCCAGAGCAGGAGGAAGAAAUCCUGGGAUCAGAUGACGAUGAACAAGAGGAUCCAAAUGAUUACUGUAAAGGCGGUUAUCACCUUGUGAAAAUAGGCGAUCUCUUUAAUGGACGGUACCACGUGAUCCGGAAGCUUGGAUGGGGCCACUUCUCCACUGUGUGGCUAGCUUGGGAUACCCAAGGGAGGAGAUUUGUGGCAAUGAAGGUGGUGAAGAGUGCAGAGCACUACACCGAAACGGCACUGGAUGAGAUCAAGUUGCUAAAAUCAGUCCGCAACAGUGAUCCAAAUGAUCCAAGUAAAGAGAGAGUUGUUCAGUUAUUAGAUGACUUCAAGAUUUCAGGAGUUAAUGGUUCUCAUAUCUGUAUGGUGUUUGAAGUUCUGGGACAUCAUCUCCUGAAGUGGAUCAUCAAGUCAAAUUAUCAGGGGCUUCCACUUCCUUGUGUGAAAAAGAUCAUCAAACAGGUUCUUCAGGGUCUGGAUUACUUGCACACAAAAUGUCGGAUCAUUCAUACAGAUAUUAAGCCUGAGAACAUUCUUCUGUGCGUUAAUGACCAGUAUAUCCGCAGGCUGGCUGCAGAAGCAACAGAGUGGCAGAGAUCUGGGGCUCCCCCCCCAUCGGGCUCUGCAGUGAGCACUGCACCGCAGCCAAAACCAGCUGACAAAAUGUCAAAGAACAAAAAAAAGAAGUUGAAAAAGAAGCAGAAGCGGCAGGCCGAGUUGUUAGAGAAGCGAAUGCAAGAGAUAGAAGAAAUGGAGAAGGAAGCAAGCCCUGGGCAGGCACAGCCUGGAGAGGAGGAAGAAGAUCGGAGCCCUCUGGAAAUGCUCAUAAAAGUUAGUCCGACAGAGGAAAAUGUCAGCAAAAAGACAGCUGAAGUCGUACAAGAGCAGUCUAUUCUAAUAGAAGGCAGCGUCGAGAAAUGUGUAACAGAGAUCAAUUGCAAUGGAGUGAUACAAAUGACAGGCUUCCCAAACUCCUGCAGUCAAGGGUCUGUGCAACUUGAGGAUGACCUUCAUAAUGCCAAUAACUGUGGCGAUAACCCUCACACACAGAAGAAGGAGAACUUCCACAGUUGUAACUACAGUCAGCGUAACGGUGACUCGGAGAACAGCCCUCAAGAAGCAGUGUCAGACUCCUUCGUGCCCUUAGUUUCGGAAGAUUCCAUGGUGUGCCAACCCACGUCCAAUGAAGAGCAGUCAUUCAAUGAGCAGGAGAUUAACCAUUUGCAAGAAAGCAUCCGGACAGAGAUACCUUCAGAGGACGAGAAUGAGAAUAAUAGCCCAUCAGACAACAAAGGAAAAGCAACUGCUGGGAAUUUCCUUCUUAAUCCUCUUGAACCCAAGAAUGCAGAUAAGCUCAAAGUGAAGAUAGCUGACUUAGGAAAUGCUUGCUGGGUGCACAAGCACUUCACUGAAGACAUCCAGACAAGGCAGUACCGGUCCUUGGAGGUGUUGAUCGGGUCGGGAUAUAACACCCCUGCUGACAUCUGGAGCACGGCGUGUAUGGCCUUUGAGUUAGCAACAGGGGACUACCUGUUCGAGCCUCAUUCUGGGGAAGAUUACUCACGGGACGAAGAUCACAUUGCAUUGAUCAUAGAACUUCUGGGGAAAAUACCUCGCAAGCUCAUUUUGGCAGGAAAAUAUUCCAAGGAGUUUUUCACCAAAAAAGGUGAUCUGAAGCACAUCACCAAACUGAAGCCCUGGGGCCUUUUUGAAGUUUUGAUGGAAAAAUAUGAGUGGUCCCCCGAGGACGCAGCUGCAUUCACAGACUUCUUAUUACCUAUGUUGGAGCUGGUCCCAGAGAAACGAGCUACGGCAGCAGAGUGUCUCAGGCACCCCUGGCUUAACUCAUAGAAGCUUCAAAAACAGCACUACGCUCUGGUUUACAGCAUACCAUACGUGCACCCAGAUGCCCCUUCCCAAAUCUUUUGUUUGUUUGUUUUUCUUGUUGAUUUCCAGCGUGAAGUUCUUCCUUCAAGAGUUUAGAUAAAUCUACCCUGUUCUGCUGAGUUUGCUUGUGUGGCUCAAUGGGGACUCUCCUCAGCUGGCGGGCAACAUCUGUGUUUUGCCUUGAUUGGGCUUCCCCGAAGACCAAUUGACUAGAAUAUGAAGGGUUUGUUUUUUGAGUCUCCUCACUGGUAACCGCUGUGUUUCACAGGUGUGAGCUCACCUGUGCUCAGAUGUGCUCCCUUAUCUAACUUUCAACUUUCCUUCCUUCAUGGGGGGAACAUGAAGAUCCAAAUGCCUCCUUAUCUCACUGACUCAGGAGUCGGUUUCCUGUUGUUGAUCCAGUAGCUAGCAAUGGGGUGAGAAGUGAAAGAUGGCACCAAGGUGGUGUUACUUCCUUGUAGUAUAAAGACCUCCAAAUCCUCCUUUUCUAGGUGUCUACUGUGUUCUUUGCUUUCCAGUCAUGUAACUUUUCUUUAGUUGUAGCUGCUUAAAUCUUUUGAAAAGAGCUAUUUAAGCCUAGGUUUUAGUAUCCUUAAUUUCUCCCUCUGAAAUGCCCUGUCCCUUUCCUUUUUCUGUGCCCAGAUAGUCAGAAUAGUUUUUGACAUUGGUGACAUUUUCUACUUUAAUGCCUGUGCCUGUGACUAAAAGGUGACAAGCGACAUAAGCAAAAGUUGGCACUGACUCAGUACACAAACUUCUGCAAACAGAUGGGUGCGCUCUUUGGCUGCAGAGAGGUCACCUUGUUGAAGGCAACUCUUCUGACAUUUUAGUGAGCCACAAAUUGGUGGUUUUGUCCCCUACUGGCACUUCUCUGCCUUGCUUGAGGCAUUUGCUGUAUCUGUGAGAGAUUGGUAGUCUACUGUGGCUCUUGAUUUUUGACCAUUCACUUUUUCCCAAGAAAAGGGUGGCAGCAUCCGUACCACGCUAUAGCUUGUGACUUUCGAAAUCAACACUUGAAGAGGCCCAUUGUAAAGAUUUCUUUAAAUCGCUAUAGCAUUUGAUAGUCUUAUGAUGGCUUCUUGUAGACUUGCCCAUCCUAUUAACACUUUCAGUGCAUCCUACUCUAGAGCAAGAUCUGGCAGCGUGGAGACAUUGGAGGCACUUCCUUAGCCCGGACCAGAUAGACCUGUGGAUACGUGGUAGCUCAGAGGAGAGAAGCUGCCCCAGGACUGUGUGGGAGGCCGCGCAGAUGCUGCCCGAAACCAUUGUUGGCAAAGCUGCUGAGACCACUGUUACGUGUCACUUCUGUAUGUGUGUUUGGAAGUCCUGGUUUGUAAGGCUCAUUCAUUCAUAAACCUUGACGUCACUUAAUCCACUUGAAAAAGAAUUUCUCCAGUCCAGUGCCUGAUUGGGCUUAUUAAUGCAAAUCAUGCUGCAUGUUCUUUUAGGGGUAGAUCAGGUUCUCUAUGCAUAUAAUUUAAAAUUAAAGGAAAGUAACAUAGCAAGAGAGUUUUAAACUGCUGAUUUGACUUUUUCCCCCCUUUCAUCUGGAGUUUUUCCAGUUGUGUGUUGCUUCCAUAUCUGUUACAGAAUGACUGCAGACAGGACCAGGUUCAAAAUACCUUCUCUCUGUGUACUGUGAAGACACACUGGCAGGGCAAACAAUUUCUGUUGUCUUCAAAGCUGCUCCAGUCCUGUGUACCCGAGACUGGCUGACAAAGAACUCUUUGGGAACUUCAGAAGGGAUCUGCAUGCUUUGAGAGCUCCUUCCCUCCCUUCUGGCACCCCAGCUGGAGGAGGACGCGCGCUUACCGCAACAGCCGAGACAGGAGCCACCUUGUGAGCUGAAGACCUGCAGAGGCAGCAGCUGUCAGGAUUCAGUCUUGUACUGUUUGUUCAUUCACCUAGGGUUUGUUAAAUUUCCAAAUUGCCGUAAGUGCUCACACUGAACAAUUUGUAUUUGCUAUGUCAGUUGAAAACCUGAAGGAAAAUACAUUUUUAUUCUUUCUA